CAGAGCGGUGAGUGACCAGCAGCGGCUCAGCCUCCCCUCCCGGCUCCCCAGCACCGCUCCAGUAAGAGCUUUACUGGGAUGGGAAUUACUGCGAGCCCGCUCCCCGGCCCAGGAGAGGACCUCGGUGGCUUUGCUCCUGGAGGGCCACCUGCUGGCUGCGCUCACGGUGGCCCUGGGCCUCCGGGAUCCACCACCCAGUGGUGGGUCUGUAGGACAUCAGCAAGGUGCUGCUCGGGGCAGCCUUGUGGGGCAAAACCUGCGUGCUUUACCCUGAGAUGAGCAUCCCCGGGCCAGUUAGGGACCUUUUGCCUGUCCUGGUGGAGGACAGCUUUGGGAAUGGCUCCACGCCCUGGGAAGGGUGAGGAGAUCGGGGUGAGAAGGCGCCACGGGGUGCGUGGGGCAGCUGAGCGCCCGUGGGGUGACGAGGGACAGUCCCGCUCCCUUGGAAGCGAGAGGAGCUGGGGGGAGCCGGGGGGAGGCGGUCGGGGACGUGAGUCGUCUCCCCACCGGAGCCAUCGCUGGGCUUCCCACACCUCAUACAGCGGGGGGGACGGGGACGUUUCGGUACAGCGCUCCGAAAGUGUUGUUUUAUGAGACGUUCCUGGGCUGGAGGUUUUCCAGAACGAAGUCUACGGGCCCGUCAGGUAACGGCAGCGCAAUGUGACCUCCGCGAUGACCGCCCGCUCCGGCGCCAGCACCCACAGCCCUGAGCACGGCCACAGCGGCGGGGGCCGGGGAGGGGGAGAGACCUGGCCCGCAGCCCCACGGCGGGACUCCCGGCCCGGCCCGCCCUGCUCAGCGCUGGGGGGAGCUGCCCCGACCCUGCUCCAAACCUGCUCCCGGCUGCCCCUGGGAAGAGCCGCGCUUAAUCCAUUUUAAUCGGUGGAGCAAUUGUUUCCGGUUAAAUCUCCUUGGGAAAACUUGGCAGGGGAAAACUUGUCUUUGGAGGGAUGUCCCCCACCCACUGGCAAACCUACACGCCGUUAUCGACACUUUAUAACACACAAAGGGCUGCUCAACCCUAAAUAACCUCAGAAGUAUUUUAAGUCCCACCCAGACCCUGUUUGACCCCCCCUCUUCCCUGUCACCCCCUGGAGAAAGCGGAGCCCAGGGGCAGGACGAGGGUCCAGCAGAGGCUGCGGGGGGAGGUUUGCGGGAUCCAUGUCACCCCGCGGUGUGGAGCGCUCGGGGCAGCGGGACGGGAAGCUCUUUGACCCACGGGGAGUUUGGGAAGAGUCUGUCGGCAGAGAACAGGGUGUUUCUGGGGGGCUGGCGUGGGGAGAGCGGAGGGGCGAGGAGGGGCUGCAGCCGAGAGGGCGAGAUCCUUCCCGACGGCAUCCCCCCGCAAACCGGGGCUGGGAACCGCGCGUACACCCUGAGCCCCGGGCGCAUCCCGACUCGGAGCACUUUUGGAGCAGCACUGAUGGAGCAUGUCAGUGAGCCGCGGGCACGCGCGGCGUGUUCAGCCGCCUGCGGCGCUGGAAAAGACCAAAACCGAAGCAGGGGAUCACCCUUCCCCGCGCGCCGCUGCCCAUCCAGCCCCGCAGGCCGGCACUGCCAUCCCCACGGGAGUCGUGCCAGGGGAGGGGGCGACUCAUCCCUGUCCCCCCGCUGCUGGGAAGGAGCGGCCGAGUCAAUCACCCGCUGCUGGCCCAGGACGGCCGUUUCCAGCCGCGGCCCAGUGCCAAGUUUCAUGUUGGGAAUGUUUGCUCUGCCCUGCUAAAGAGCAGCAUUCCCAAAGUCUCUGGCGGGGGGGACACGUGCUAAGCUGCGAUAACCCAGCCCGUCCUGUUGCGUGCCCUUCCCCCCCCCGCAGGGCUCUAAGCCCCAACCACGUGGCGCUUUCUGCAUCUCGGUCCACAGUCGCUUCAUCGACCUUUGCGACGCCAGUGUGGCUGCCAGCGGGCGCUGGGCGCGCACCAUCCCCACGCCUCCCUGUCCUCAGCGCGCUGCUCGCCCGGUGCCCGGGGGGUGUAACGGGGCGUCCGCAGCGGCGGCAGCAGCGUCUUUCACCAAACUCCUGCCAGCUUCUCCAUCAGCCCACCGUUACCCUCUUCCUACCACAGAGCCCCAUCGGCAUCUUUUGGCUGCUGGACGUACAGUUCCCCUCUGUGUUGGGAAAAGGAAUAAAACCCGGGUACGGACGUACACACACACACACACACACACACACACACACACACGGCUGUCCCUCUCCUCUCGCAGUCCCGGCGGCCAGCGGGCCGGCAGCAACUGCUCAGCGGCCGCAGAUGCUGCGAUCGUUAGGAAGCACCGUUUCCUUUGGGUCCCUCCGGGAGAACAACGGGCUGCGCUCCCAGCCCGGGGCUCCCGCCACUGCCUGGGCUGCGCGCAGCCACCCCGCUGCCAGCAAUGCCCUUGGCUACGGCUGCGUUUUCCACCAGGAAACGGCUUUUGGGGGACGAGGGAAAACCUAGAGCGAGGACUCGUGGCCAGAGUGCGACAGAUUAACACGUCGUUGCCUCUGCUGCCCGCUGAAUGAGAAGGAAACGCUGCCCCCUGCGCCUUUCCCCUGGGCUGCGUUUGGUGCCGACAGGAGUCCCAAAAUCCACGACCCUGUUGGAGCUCACCCGGGCAGUCUCGCUGCGAGCUCCUGCCGCUACCGUCCCGCCGGCCCCAGAAAACAGCACGGAUGUGACACGCGGCAGACGUGAAAAGUAAAGAAAAAGGUAUCCCGGGUUCUCGCGGCGUGGCAGCCUGCCCAGCGCUCGCUCUCGCCACCCGGUCUGGCUCAUGCACCCUUUCUUGGGGGCUAGGGGGGAAAUAAGAGAGGAAAAUGAAAACAGAGCCCGCAGACAGCGUUUCAGUAUUGAAUUUCCCGAAACCUGGGAGCCAGCCUGAGCGCUCAGCCCUGCGGCGGCGUGAGGGUGAGCUGCACAGUACGGUGCGAUCUGUCUCAGCCGUACCAUUCAUCAUCCCAAAGCCAGUUACUCCCCCUUGGCACUGGCUCCGACCGCUCUGCUUACAGCCCUCGGCGGCCGUGGGGCCAGUGGCAGCCGCCGGCUUGGAAACUCUGCCAAUACUUCGGAUAAAAGACAAGCAAAAGGUUAUUUGGCUCUGCCAGAAAUCAUCGCCCCGUCACCCACCCUUACGAGAGGCAAGUGGCACAUGAAGAGCUUUGGUUUUCCCCUUCCCACAGCAGCGGCUUUUUCUAUAUAACACCUUCUUCGUUCUGCAGCGCCCAAUUAUAAAUCUCCUGCCCAGAAAAUGAGCUGCUGGCAGGCAGCGCCUUAGGACAGGCUUGGGGUGGGUUUGCCUCUCGAAGGCGGAUCGCGCGGGGGAAGACGAGCAAAUGGCUGGUGGCUGUGUCCGGGUGCAAGGAGAAACCCCCAAGAGGCUGCUCGUGAAGCUGAUUAAAGGGUUUUGCUCCUUGUCUGAGGCUGCCGCUGAGACGCUCCGUGCUCGGCACACACUAAUACAAGAGUACGAUUAAUCCAUCUGUUUAGCUAGUAAUGAACAGGCUGCAGAGGGGCUUAAAGGAGUCACCAGUUUUCCUUUGGCUGCUCCAGAAAAAGAUGUUUCUAGGUUCAGGGAUCCUGGCAGAAGAGAUUUCUUACAGACGGCAGGCUGGGGGGAUCUCACCAGAGCUGUAACUG